AUUUUCCCAUUUUCCCUCCCUACCCUGCCAUUUUUCUUUGUCUUUCUGACUUUUCACUCGUUUUCUGAUCUUCCAAACGCCCUGCGCCUUCUCGCUCCCCACUCCUGAACCGAAUCGCCCCAAAAGCCUGCGAUCUGCGUUCCCUGUCAGUUCGCCGAUUCCGCGCUGCAAUCGCCGGCUGAUCACCGAGCCAUCGCUCUGAUUUGAUUCGGUAUCCGCGGCUCAUGGAGAACCUGAUAUCUCUCGUCAAUAAGCUGCAGAGAGCCUGCACUGCUCUGGGCGACCAUGGCGAAGAGAGCGCCUUGCCUACCCUUUGGGACUCCUUACCAGCAAUCGCCGUUGUCGGUGGCCAGAGCUCUGGGAAGUCUUCAGUGCUGGAGAGCAUUGUUGGAAAGGACUUUUUGCCUCGUGGAUCUGGGAUUGUUACUCGACGUCCUCUUGUGUUGCAGCUCCAUAAGAUUGAUGAAGGAAGAGAAUAUGCCGAGUUCCUUCACCUCCCAAGAAAGAGAUUCACAGAUUUUGCUGCUGUGCGGAAAGAGAUCUCUGAUGAGACCGAUCGGGAAACAGGCCGAAGUAAACAAAUUUCCAGUGUUCCAAUUCAUCUUAGCAUCUAUUCCCCUAAUGUUGUGAAUUUGACACUGAUUGAUCUUCCUGGACUUACGAAAGUAGCAGUUGAGGGCCAACCUGAAGGCAUUGUCCAAGACAUUGAGAAUAUGGUUAGGUCGUUUAUUGAGAAGCCCAACUGUCUUAUUUUGGCAAUUUCUCCUGCCAAUCAAGACUUGGCUACAUCAGAUGCAAUUAAGAUAUCUCGUGAAGUAGAUCCCAAGGGGGAGAGGACAUUUGGUGUUUUGACAAAGAUUGAUCUUAUGGACAAGGGCACGGAUGCGGUUGAUAUCUUGGAAGGGAGAUCAUAUCGCAUGCAGUUUCCUUGGAUUGGUGUUGUUAAUCGCUCUCAAGCCGAUAUCAACAAAAGUGUUGACAUGAUAGCUGCUCGCCGAAGAGAGCGGGAGUAUUUUUCUAGUAGUCCUGAGUACAAGCAUCUUGCUCACAGGAUGGGUUCUGAACAUUUAGGCAAGAUGCUUUCUAAGCAUUUAGAAACUGUCAUCAAGUCUCGAAUCCCAAGCCUUCAGUCUCUUAUUAACAAGACUGUUGCCGAACUGGAAGCAGAGUUGAGCCGUCUUGGGAAGCCUGUUGCUACUGAUGCUGGAGGAAAGCUAUACAUGAUUAUGGAAAUCUGUCGUAUUUUUGAUCAAAUAUUCAAAGAACAUCUUGAUGGCGUACGCCCUGGUGGUGAUAAAAUCUACAACGUAUUUGAUAAUCAACUUCCUGCGGCUCUGAAAAGGUUGCAAUUUGACAAACAUCUUUCAAUGGAGAAUGUGCGGAAGCUAAUUACUGAGGCUGAUGGCUAUCAACCUCAUCUAAUAGCUCCUGAACAAGGAUAUCGCCGCCUCAUUGAAUCUGCUUUAGUCACUAUUAGAGGUCCAGCUGAGGCCGCCGUUGAUGCGGUUCAUGCUCUACUGAAGGAGCUUGUUCACAAGGCUAUCAAUGAGACUAUGGAGCUCAAGCAGUAUCCCACUUUGAGAGUGGAGGUCAAUGGUGCAGCGUGUGAUUCAUUGGAGAGGAUGAGGGAUGAAAGCAAGAAAGCAACUUUACAGCUAGUAGAUAUGGAGUGUAGUUACCUUACAGUAGAUUUCUUUCGAAAGCUUCCUCAAGACAUUGAAAAGGGUGGAAAUCCAACUCAUUCAAUUUUUGAUAGAUACAAUGAUUCAUAUCUCAGGCGUAUUGGAUCUACUGUGCUGUCAUAUGUCAACAUGGUUUGUGGGAGUCUGAGGAACUCAAUUCCAAAGUCCAUUGUUUAUUGUCAAGUGCGUGAGGCCAAGCGUAGCUUGCUAGACCAUUUCUUCACCGAGUUGGGUGGAAAGGAGGUGAAACAGUUAUCUUCACUGUUGGACGAGGAUCCUGCAAUCAUGCAACGCCGUGUGUCCCUUGCAAAGAGGUUGGAGCUGUACAGAAGUGCCCAGGCAGAGAUUGAUGCAGUGGCCUGGUCCAAGUAGCGUGGAGGAGGUCAUGCCCAUUUUUAUUUUCAUUUUUCGACACAUGAAAUUUAGCUUAGGGCUGUAAUUCUUUUGAUUCAUCGGAGGAUGAGUAUUCUUUAUUUUCUAGGAAACAUUUGUAGCUAAGCUUCUUUGCCAUUUCCUCCCUCGGCAGAGAGCACUCCCUCCGCGAUGUGAUGUUAUUGUGUAAAAGCUCUGUUUGCAUCAGCCAUUCCCUGUUCAGACCCCAAAUUUUCGGAGUGAUUAGCUAGGCUUUUGAUUAUUAUUAAUUAAUUAAUACGAGUGAUGGUGUGUCACAUGUUUGUGGUUGA